AUUAGAAGUUAGUAGGGCUCUUUUUAAUUUUCUCAGAAGUACUGAGUUAGGUAGGAGGAUUUAGAAAUGUUGUAAACUGUGAUUGACCACACACUUUCAGCACAGUAAGGAGAUGAUUUGUUAAAGAAGAAUGGUAGAAAGUGUAAGCAGAGUGAGCUGUACGCCGGAUCGAAGACUGGAGGAGAAAUGGAAGUGAAAGGGCGAAAUAUCGGAGGUGGUAGGUGUGGUGAAGUUGUCUGCGCUAGAUGCUUGUACGGAGGGUCAGGAUAAAGAUGACUCUGUGACCGUAGGCGUGACAUUUUUUGAAAAAGUGGACCCUUUAGGCUGAUCCAUUUGUGGUUUCAGGGUGGCUGAAAACAGAGUUCAGUCCCGUGGAAUCGGUGACCAGAAGUGGUCUUGUGAUAAUUGUUUGUGUUUCUAAUGGUCAGAGGGAGCAGGCACACCGUGUUAAAUGAAUGGGGACAAGAGAGGUGAAUUGUUUUAUUGUCAAGGGUGCUAUUGAGAGGAGUGAUUACUGGGGUAGGGGUAAAUGGGAAAGUUGACCAACUGAAAGGGAAGAUUCCCAGUGUUUGUGAUACUUGUCGUUUGGUGCGACGCGGACAGGGUGGCGAAACAGAAGAGUUGUUUUCUGUCCUUUUGAGUUUUGAUGUUGAGUCUUUGCCCGACAAAGUGAUGUUAGAUAUAUGCUAUCCCUUACGAGAUGUUGUGCCAAAAGCAUUACGUUGUUACAGUUGUCAAGCGUAUGGGCAUGUGGCAGCAGUGUGUGGGAGGGAAGUGUGCAGAAGGGCAUGAGACAAAGGAAUGUGUAGCAUUGGGUAAAGUAGUGGUAUGCGCUAAUUGUAGGGGUGCCCAUGGGGUUGGGGAUCAUAAAUGUCCCAUGCGAGAGAGGCAGAUUGCUGUUUUCAGGGUUAGAGUAGAGCAGAAGUUGUCCUAUGCUGAGGCAGUUCAGAAAGUAGAGGGGACCCUGAGAGGAGAGUGGUGUGAGUAACAAGUGAUACAGUAUAUGCUUCAGUAAGAUUAGAUUUUUUGCAUUUAUAGCAAUGGUUAUCAACUGUACUGCAGGGGUGGAUCAUAAAUCACAGACAAUUGAGGUUGUGGUGGCAGCUGCAGAGGUAUUUGAGUGUGCAAGACUUGACGUCAGAGGAGUUACAGGGUGUGAUAAGUGGCCUGAGGUAGAACUACAUAUAUUUAAAUAGUGGAGUAGGUUGGUGGGUUUUUAGUGAGUGUAGGGUGUUUAUUUUUGUAUUCUUAUUUUUUUAAAGCAAAAUAAGGAAGUUAUACCCCAGUCUAGUAGGUGACGGUAAUGCAACAUUUUAUUGGACGCCAACCGCGCUAAAACCUCAUCGAAGAAGAAGAAGUGGCUAGCUUCACACAGGUAUGGCGCGAGACAGCAAGUGCACUGGAAUCUGUUGAAAGCAAACUGCGAAGUGAGAAACGAGAGAGAGAAAAUGAAGUUCCUACACACGUGGAUUAAUUUAUAUCACUCUAGUUAUUUUAAAGAGAUUAUGCUUGUCGGGCGGUUUUAAAACUAAAUCAUAAACGUUCGUUGAGUUUGACUCUAGUGGAGAAGCUUGCUAUGCUCGCGCACACAAACAAAUGACGGAGAACAACCCGCUGAGACGGUGCACACCUAUCGACAGAGAACGGACGAAUGACAUGGGAAACAUUUUAGAAACACCCUUAGUCGUCUAAUUUAUUAUUACACAAGAUAAAAUGGUAGGAGAUCAAAGACGCUAGCAAGCUAUAUUUUGAACGUUUCUAUAGAUCAUUUGUAAACGGCACCCCCCUCUCAUCCAGGAUAAAACCAUAACAUAUAUGAUCAGAUUGAGGAAUGUGCGGCGUUAAAAACAUUUGACACGUCAUUAAACCGUAUAGGAGUAUUUUAGUCUCUACCAAAAGCAGCUUCUUCAUUAUCUACAGAACUGUCAACAGAGCUAGCAGCAGUUUGUCGCUUUGUUUACCUCGCUACUGUAGCUAGCUAGCUAACGUUUUGAGAGCAGGCUGCACAGUUGGAUGGAUAACGUUAGCUAACCUAGCUACCAACUAAACGUGGUGCCACCACUGGUGGGUAAUGCUUGCAGCCCCUCUGUAUGACAACCAGCUGUUGGUUGUUGGGACGAGCAAUUUGAAUUGGUCCUGAUUUAUUUGACUGGCUGUUAGGAAAGCUUCCAAAGAGCGAGUGCCAACGGGGUCGUCCGGUUUUCAGCCAGUCUUUAUUGCCACUGGGGUCACCAUGGCACAGCAGCAGAUGCCAAGCUCUCAGAAGGCACUAAUGCUUGAACUGAAGUCUCUCCAAGAGGAACCAGUGGAGGGUUUCCGCAUCACACCAGUAGAAGAGUCUGACUUGUACAACUGGGAGGUGGCCAUAUUUGGACCCCCCAACACACUUUAUGAGGGAGGAUACUUCAAGGCACACAUGAAGUUUCCAGUUGACUACCCCUACUCUCCACCUACUUUCCGUUUCCUUACAAAGAUGUGGCACCCCAACAUAUAUGAGAAUGGGGAAGUGUGUAUCUCCAUCCUUCACCCCCCUGUUGACGACCCACAGAGCGGAGAGCUACCCUCUGAGAGAUGGAACCCCACCCAGAAUGUCAGGACCAUCCUACUGAGUGUGAUCUCUCUGCUGAACGAGCCCAACACCUUCUCCCCGGCCAAUGUCGAUGCCUCUGUUAUGUUCCGCAAGUGGAGAGACAGCAAGGGCAAGGACAAAGAGUAUGCUGAGAUCAUCAGGAAGCAGGUCGUGUCCACUAAAGUGGAGGCGGAGCGGGAUGGGGUGAAGGUCCCUACCACGCUGGCGGAGUACUGCAUCCAGACCAAAGUGCCUUCCCACGACAGCAGCUCGGACUUGCUUUACGACGACCUCUACGAUGAUGACAUUGAGGAGGAUGACGAGGAAGACGAAGAUGAUGCAGAAGCUGGGUGCCAGAUGGCCGGAGAGGAGGGGAACUGCUUAAUUGACGAGGAAGACUCGGGCAACGAAGAGUCAUGACCUUCCUCCUCGCUUUUUAUCCCGCUCCUCCCCACACCCUUCCUACCAGUGACUCUGCUGCAGCCUCCUCCUAUCCUUACUUUCUGAUUCCUUACCACGUGCGCACACACACACUCUUGCUCGAUCCAUCCCAUUCUUGACGGCUUCCCAUAGCACUUAGCAUGCCCAUAUUCUAUUAAGGCGCUCUACACCUGAAGCAGGCAUUUUUAAUAGUUUUAUGGGGGUCAGAUUUAAUAGUUUUAUUAUGGCAUUUCUCUUAUUCAGCCAUUUGAGGGGUCAGUUUUAAACAGUUCAACAUAAUCACAUGCUUUAUAAUGACACCAAUCUUGCUUGUAUGCUGUCUACCAGUGUUGCCAACAAUUUUUUUUGCGAGAAUUCUUAUUGGCUGCUUGAUUUGUCGCCAGAUGUUUUGCUGUUACCAUGACAUUUUCUCCCCUUCUCCCGCUGCACACCCCCUCCCCUUAUGCUUCUGUACCUGCGUGUGCGGUGUUGCUGUGAAUUAUUUUGCAUAGGCAGCUUUUCUCACUGUUUGUGGAAUUAUUUAGUGGAAAAAGUCACUAAAGGGUAUCAAAACUCAUCUCCAAGGCAGCAUGAAAAGUAGUUUAAUUUGUCGCUAGGCACUUUGACACAUAAAAGUUGCUGUGGGGGUCUGAAAUCUGACUGAAUAUAGCGACUUUAAGUUGGCAACACUGGUUUCUACCCCUCCCAGGGUUAAAAUACACUCUCAAACUAGUUCUAAUUCCGUUGUGUUAAACCAAAUUAUAUUCAAACGUAAAACCACAAUCUAAAUUAACUCUAAUUUGUUCUUAAGCUGUGGGACAGGGUGGUAAGAUGCACAUUAACUAACAUACCCCUCUCUUACUCUCACACAUCAGUUAAAUUAAUAAACAAAAAACCUACUCUGUCUGUAUUGCCCUGGCAUGGAUCUGAACACCAAAAGGACCAUUUUUGCUUGGUUCCUCAUGUUUCCCUGAGUCAUCCACUCAAUCAAAGAUCGCUAGCAGAUAGCAAGGGUUGGGCACUGACUCCCAACAUGCAUCUCUUUGAAUGGAUUCAUCUCAACAUGCAUAUUUUUAACCAGAGACCGUAGAGAAGCAAUCUCUGCUCCAACUUCUGAGGUGAAAUGCACCUGAAACUGAUAAAGGGUUUCUGAGACUGAUAAAGUCUCACGCCUGAUGUCACUUAAACUCUUGUGCUCUCAAACAAGAUGCUUCCAAAUAUUGGUACGGUACCAGCGAUGGAUAAUUUCCAUGGGGACUGGACUGGACAUGGCGUUGUUUCCUUGGUGACUGAUUUGUAACAACCCAUUCUUUCUAUGCCUAUGGGGGACUUGAACACCAGGGGUGAAUAAGACAAGUGGACCCCCCCCCUCCACACCACAGAGCGUUGGAGCCAACAAACUGCUCUGCACAGAAAACAGCACUGAGAGAGGCAACACUGCUGUUUCAAGUAGAGACAAUUUGUUCUGUUAGUAUUUGCUGUAGUCAGUAAUCUCCCGUUCAAGGUUUGAUGAAAACAUCUCUCUUUACCCAGAAACACAGACAAUGAAUGCUGGAUCACCAUGGGAAGUGUUGGCCAUUCCAUAACACUUUGUUACAGCUGAAGUUUGGGGUGUGUCACCUUCCUCUACUAAGGGUGUGUAUAAGCAACAGACCUGGGUUCACAUACUAUUUGAAACCAUUUUAAAUGUCCCGAAAGUGCAAACCCAGACUUUUGAAAGCAAACUAUUUGAUUUCGAAUAGUAUUUGAAUGCAGGUCUGAUGAGCCAGACAUUGAGGUUACAAAUGCUUGGGUAUAAUGGAGUGAACUGAAAGUAAUCUUAAUGUCUUUGAUUUUUCAUUUGAGUUUGGUAGUCCUCAAGUGGUUCCAAAGUAAAUGUGAUUCAUGAUGUUUUUGUUGCCAAAGAGAUCUCCUCCCAGUGCCAGUCACAGGCCCUUGACCACAGAUGGGUAAUCAUUACAUAGAAAAGCAUUCCGUUUGGGGACACAUAGAGCGCUUCAUAACCAUUAUGAUCAUUUAUUAGAUAUCUCAAUUAUGUUUAAUUUUAAGUUCAAUAAUCGCUUAGAGACUUUGGGCUUGAUUCAAUCAAAUGCACAGGGCAAUAUUUAUGCAGUAGUAUGUAGGCCGAAACAUAGUGGGUAAACUAAGAUAUUGUGUAAACAUUGCUAAGGCAGGGUGGCUUGGAUCCGGCCCUUGGUGUCUUUCAGCUAAUGUUACGUGUUUGUUUUUCGGAGUAGAAAAUUCACCUUGUUUUUCAUGGUCUAACUGAACUUACGUCAUGAACGUUGACUGAAGAUAAAAUAAGCUUUCUUUUGUGAAUCAAAGGCUUUAUAUUUGGGUUGUUUGUUGCACAAAGUCAAAUAAAUACAGAGAGCACUGGAAAUUAAUUGUCAAA